AUGUCGACAACAACGGAGCUUGCAAACGGCAAAGCCGUGCGACUGGCAGCACGCAGGAAAAAGUUGACGGACCAGACAUCAGGUCUCGCGCCGUCAUACAUCCAAGCCAACCUGCUCGUGCUGCCCCAGCGCUACGCAGACGACUUUCGCCUCCUCUGCGCCCGGAACCCCGUUCCAUGUCCACUUCUGGCCGAGUCGGUGGCGCCUGGCAACUACAAGGAUCUCAAAUCGCACAUGGUCGGGCCGACGGGUACGACUCUACAGGUCGCCGAGGACAUGGACCUCAGGCACGACUUUCCAGCCUACCGAGUCUACACGGACGGAAAACUCACCGCAGGUGGGGAUGAAGGGGCAGCAGCAGCAGCAGUAGGCAAGAAAACAGACAUCGAGGCCGAAUGGACGGCCGAGCACGUCGGGUUCCUGAUCGGCUGCUCCUUUUCGUUCGAGGCUGCGCUGGCGGCGGCGGGGCUCCCGCCGCGCCACACCCUGCAGGGCCGCAACGUGCCCAUGUACCGCACGACGGUGCCGCUCUGCAGCGCGGGCGCCUUUGCCGGCGCGACCAUGGUGGUGUCGAUGCGGCCCUACCGCGCGCUCUCGGAGGUGCCGCGCGUCCGCGACAUCACGCGGCGCUUCGGCGCGAUGCACGGCGAGCCGGUGGCCUGGGGCUGGGACGGCGCCAGGGCGUUGGGGAUCCGGGACGUGGCGGAGCCCGAGUUUGGCGACGCGCCGCUGCGGGCAGACGGGAGUGGGGAGGAGCCGUUUGGUCCGCCCGGGGAGGCUGCGGAAGAGGAGGAGGAGGAGGAGGAUCAGUACGUGCCUGUGUUUUGGGGCUGCGGCGUCACGCCCCAGGAGGCGGUUCGGCAGGCCCGGUUGCGGGGGACCGUCAUGGCGCACUCCCCCGGGUGCAUGGUUGUGUUGGAUCUAAUGGAUCAUGAGGUCUUUGCGGGGGUUGGGGGUGUUUGA